CUUUUCAAGUGUUAGUGUCUCAUCGAAUUCAAAAUUUAUCUACUUGACGUCAUUAGAAAUGUGGAAUCUCAGUUUGACCACGUGUUUAUUUUUAAUUACAAUAAAUACAAAAUUUAUUCGUGGAAUUUAUCUUCCUUUUAACUAUCAAGACCAUGAGUACAAAAUAAAUUUUUUAAAAGGCGUAUUGACGAAUAUCAGCAGCGAUCAAGAAGAAAUAAAAAAUACCGACGAGUUAUUACAAAGUCAUGACACAAAUUCCUUGACUGAUAAAAGUGAAGUCUAUUUAUCUUUAUUUAAUUAUUUCGGAUACAAAACGUCAUCAGACAGUGAAAUAGUUCCAUCGCUAGUUAACUCCAGUGGGGAAGAAAACUCAAAAUCUAUUUCAAAAUUACCCAUGAUGAAUUCUCACAAUUUUAAUAGAAAAACCGAUCGUUCUAAAGAAAAAAUAAAUUCACAAAAUAAUUCAACACUUAAAAAAAAUUUAGAUGAUUUUAGAGACAACGGACAAGUGAACUCAACAAAUAACGACAAGUUAUUUUUAUCUAAUCUCAAAUCUGAAGGACAAAUAAAUUCAACAGACAAUUCAAAAUUAUCAUCAAAGUCUGGCAAUUCUAAUAGACAGAUAAAUUAUAAAAAUAUUUUAAAAUCAUCAUUUGGUGAAGCAUUUAGAUAUAAAAAACUAGUAGAUCUACUUAAUAUGAACAGUUAUUUAGACGAAUUGAUGUUUAAUUAUGACAAUAAUAUUCCAGAACACAAAGUACGUAAGAAAGUACUCGAUGAUAAAACUUUUUAUUUAAUUAACCGACUCCCUGAAAAUAAAUAAAAUUCUUAAAUACUUGAAAGUUAA